CCUAAGGCUGCAGUAAGAUCACAGCAUCUGAUACUUAGAUUCGUAUGUACUUUCAAGUGCACAGCACAAUCUCUUCUUUAUCACAAAAAGACAAACAAAACACGGGCACGCAGAUAGAGAAAUUAGAAGGGUGACCUUUCAGUUUCACUACAUUCAUUGAGCUGGUAACCAAGUACAUCCAAAUCACAAAAUAAGACAAAAAAGUCUAAGGGUAUGUCAAAAAUUAGAGAUUAUCUAAUAUUGCUAUGAUUUCCCUGCAUGUUUUGUGCUAACUGUGUAGGCUGAAGUUAAUAUAACCAUCAUAUGUUUGAUGCCAAAACAAGCCUAUUCACAAAGAAUGACUUGAUGUGAGAAAUAACAUUUUGUGCACAUUGUGCAUACAAUAAGCAAGCGAUAUUCACGUGGGUGAUAAUUCGUGGGACAAAGUAAAGAAUGCAAGGAUGUUCUGUAAUCAUUGUCAUACAUUUGACGAUUCCACACUUCAUUUCCCUUAAGCUUUUGUUCAUACCCUUGAAGUUAAAGUCAUUUCAAUGGAUAAGCAUCUUCCUCGUCUAAAUAGAUGUUCUGAGAAAGAAAGCUCUUGACUUUAAAUUAGUUGACAAAUAUACAUAUGCUUACACAUGACAUGUAAUCACCAAACUACCUACCGACUGGCCUAUACAGUUGCCAAGAAUUUUUUAAUUGAUUCUCAAGGUUAAAGAUACUUUUCUUCCAUGCAUAUCAACCUACAGAGAAGAGAAGCCACUUGUUAUAUACAAAGCAAUUGCUUAGUAAUUUCCUAUCAUCUGCAAGUCUGAUAAAGAAUAUGAUCUUUUUUGCAGAAUCUAAUAAGAACCACCGCCCAAAAUUUUCAACACUUAUCACUAUAUAUAUAGCCAUGGCAGUAGCUUACAUUACUCACAGCAAACAUCGAUCACACCUAACUUUCUACAUACAGCCUCUAACAACCUCACUUGCAACGAUUUAUUCUACUAAUUAAAUCUAGUGUUGUUUUAUAAUACUUUUAUAAAACAUCAGCUGCUAGAAUUUCCAGAAAUGGCUUUGGUUAGAGCACUGGUGAAUGAAAGGCCUGUGGUUAUAUUCAGCAAAAGCUCCUGCUGCAUGUGCUACACCAUUAAGACACUGAUAAGCAGUUUUGGGGCAAAUCCUACAGUUUAUGAGGUAGAUGAGCAUCCACAAGGGAAGCAGAUAGAGAAGGAACUGAGAGGAUUAGGGUGCAAGCCAAGUGUGCCAGCUGUGUUCAUAGGAGAGGAGCUCAUUGGUGGUGCCAAUGAAAUAAUGAGCCUUCAUCUCAAGGGUCAGCUGGUACCCUUGCUCCUUAAUGCUAAUGCCAUAUGGCUUUAGUCAAACAUGUUCACAAAUAUCAAGUUCCUACAAUAUUGUAAAGGUUGGAGCAGAUUGAUGCAUUAUAGUCAUUAGAACAGGAACAGAAAGAAAUGUUUUUAGCCUUCUUUUUGCUCUUCUGAGGCCAAUCAUAACUAAUGUGCUAACUUCCAUAUGUAAUUUCACUACCUUUUGAGAAACAAUAAUAAGAGAUAAGAUAUUUUUCAGGAGCUACAA